UUUACGCGUGGAGGUGUAUGUGUGAUCAUCUGUACAAAAGUUGUUUGUAUUUAUCGAGUGUAAACUCGUAAUUUUAGCAUAAGUUUUUAAGACACCUAGAAAUUAAAAUCUAGGUUUUUGAGAUGUCCGAAUAUAAUUUCGCAAUAAUAAUAUGUCGGAUUGGUAUUGGCGGGUGAUCGCCUUGAAGGCUGCCUUUGCACUUACAUGUUUAGUUUCUUAUCUUAGCGCUGAUGUUACGAUACAGAAGUUACCGUUUUGUAAUCCUCACAACGCAAACGGUGCAUCUGACGAUUUAGUAAUUGUUAGCACUGUAGAUGGAAAAUUGACUGCAUUCUCUACAAAUAAUGGAAUCAAAGCUUGGGAUGUUGAGACGCAGCCAUUGCUCUCAUCAAAUCUGCAUCAUGUGGAGUUGAGUGCUGGAGGUAAAUGGGUGCGUCUAGUACCAUCUUUACGUGGCACACUAUACAGCCUUAGUGGGGAUACUAUUGAGCCUCUGCCAUUUGAUGCUGAUCAACUCUUAUCAUCAUCAUUUAAGUAUUCCGAUGACUUGGUAAUAGGUGGUGCAAGAGAAACACUAUGGUUGGGUAUAGACGCGCAUACUGGUACCGUGAUAUACGAAUGCGGGUCCGCGGGCUGCAGUAGCGAGCAGACUGCGGGCGCGGGUCGUGAGGUACUGGUGCUACGCCGACAGUCCAGUACAGUAAGAGCCCUUGAGCCUCACUCCGGACAGGAAAAAUGGAACUUCAGUGUGGCGGAGCACCAGCUGGCAGUCAGUCGUCGGGAGUGUAUGGGUGCGAGCGCUCCGCCCAGCCCAGUUACUGUGGGCGUGGACAUGCCCGAGGGCGUGGUCGCAGUACGAUUGCCCGGCUCACAGAAACCAUUGUGGCAGCAGAAGCUGGAAGCUCCUGUAGCGAGCAUGUGGAGGCUGCAGGGUGGUACUCUGCAGCACGUGGAUGUGCUGUGGCAGGCGGCGCAGGCACUCGCUGAGGCAGAGCCUCUCCCACCCUCACUUUACAUCGGAGUACAUGAUAGACAGCUUUAUAUCCAAGAGAGUGUGAUGUACGCACAGAAAGUGGAAACAUCAGUAGCGGCUAAACCAGUGCCGUGGAAAUUGAAGCAUUCAAGACCACUCCUUAGUAAGGAAGAGACCGCACUGUCACUGCAGGAUGACCCUGACCUCUCACUGGUCGCAUUGUAUAGGAAUCCAGGACAAACUGGGAACCAUGGCUUCUUUCUCUACAUCCAAGAGACAUGUGACCAAGCGGUCCAAGUAUCCGAUGAGAAAUUCGAAGUACCAGAUGUGGUGCUCCCCAACAACAGUGAGAACCAAUUCGAGCAUCAUCACGUCCACGUCCACGUCUACUCCCUCUGGUUCUGGUGGAAGGAAGUCUUCCUGAUCACUGUCAGCACCGCGUUACUCUUGAACCUCCUCAUCUGGCCCAAACUCUUCGCCCCGAAACUCCGACCUCCAACACCUCUGCCUGUGAACCAGGAAGUUAUAGUUGUAGAGAGACAUUACGAAAGACCUCCAUCGAAUAAUACUAAGGAAUAUUCUGGAAGAUAUGAAAAUGAUUUUACUCCAUUGCGUUGUUUGGGUCAAGGUGGUUUUGGUGUUGUGUUUGAAGCCAGAAAUAAUAUAGAUCAUUGUUCUUAUGCAGUUAAAAGGAUUACUUUACCGAAAAGACAGUCGAAACGCGAGCGUGUAUUACGCGAGGUGCGUGCUCUCGCUAAACUAGAACAUGAGAACAUAGUGCGGUACUUUAACGCCUGGCUCGAGGAACCUCCGCCGGAGUGGCAGGAGAAAAGAGACGCUAUACUCAUGCGUGAAUUAGGCAGUAUGUCAGUGUUGAGCAGCGAGGAGGCGAGCUCGGCCACGCCCAAGUCCCCGCCCAACUCCCCCACAAACUCCCCCAAGGCGGACAGCGUCACACUCAACUUGCACAAGCCACUGGACCACUGUAUUGAUGCACUUGACUACGACAAACAACUAAGGGAACCGAAACGACACAGAUCUCUUAGCUGUAACGAUUCCUUUAGUAUUAUAUUCGAUGAGGAUGCGUCCAAAAUAUCAGAGACAUCAAAAAAACAUACAACAGAAAUGGAACCUCCUAAUGUACUGUCCAAAGAUUUACAAAGCUGGGACAAUCAUUCUUCCAUAUUAUCUAAAUCACCUACUACUGGGUUUCAAAGUGAAUCUAAGAAAGGAGUAGAUGAUGAUUCGUUUAUUGUGUUCCAAGAUAAAAGCACAAAGGAAAGGCAGGAUCUUUCAAAUAAGAUAUUAGAUAAAGUGAAGGAGUACGAUGGAUAUAUGAAGACGGAAACCUCUAAUCAUAGUAAGAAAAAGAAAGGUCACACACGUCACUGGUCGCUGGACCUGUGCGUGCGGGAGGUGGGGGGCGAGGAGGGCGGGGCGGGGGUGGGGGUGGGGGGCAGCAAGAUGUACCUCUACAUUCAGAUGCAGCUGUGCCGCCGCGACAGUCUGCACGACUGGCUGCGGCACAACAGGACCUGGGAGGCUCGCAGGCAGCAUGCAAACGUACUGUUCAGUCAGAUAGUAUCAGCAGUAGAAUACGUGCACUUGGCUGGUCUGAUCCAUCGCGACCUGAAGCCCAGCAACAUCUUCUUUGCACCAGACGGCCGCGUCAAGGUGGGGGACUUCGGUCUCGUCACCACAAUGGGGGACAACUCACAGGACGGAGAGCCCACUGAGAUAGAUGUAUACGCCAGACACACGCAUAGAGUCGGUACGCAUCUCUAUAUGUCACCGGAGCAGGUAGUGGGUCGCCCUUACAAUUAUAAGGUGGACAUCUACUCAUUGGGGCUGGUGUUGUUCGAGCUGCUGCAGCCCUUCGGUACAGAGGCGGAGCGCGUGCACUGUCUCCUGCGUCUGCGCAGCGGAAUAUACCCAGAUACCUUCCAGCAUACGUAUCCAGCUGAGACGGAAGUAUUAAAAUUGAUGUUGAGUUCGGAGCCUUCAGAACGUCCUACUGCCAGUGGAGUGCGUGCGCGUGCGCCACUUUACCAGGCCACGGACGAACGUUAUCACUUCACACUACCUGCACUGGCCGGGGAACAGCGGUAGAUAUACAUACCUACUUUCUAUAUCAUUUUAUAUAUAUA